AUGCAAUCAGAUAAUUCCGGUCCUAUAGUGAAGAUUAGAGAUGUCCAACCAGAUUGCGUCAACUUUGUGUUGAGCGAGUGUGAUCUAGCAUUGGCCAACUCUGUUAGAAGAUCCAUCAUGGCAGAGGUACCAACGUUGGCUAUUGACAUUGUGGAAAUCGAAGAAAACUCAACAGUUUUGGCAGAUGAAUUCAUUUCCCAUAGACUUGGUUUGAUCCCCCUCCAAAGUGACGACGUGGAUUCGUUAUUAUACAAUAGAGACUGUUCUUGUGGAGAUUAUUGUGAAUUAUGUUCUGUGGUUUUGACCUUGCACGCUAAGUGUACUUCUGAAGGUAUCCAAACUGUUUAUGCCAGAGAUUUACUUGUGGAGCCAAACCACUCUAACCUCAAGAUUGGUCAGCCAAUCCUCAAUGAUGAUGCAAAUAAGGGCUCAGUGAUCUGUAAAAUCAAGAAACAUCAAGAAUUGAAGGUAAAGUGCAUCGCAAAGAAAGGUAUCUCCAAAGAACAUGCCAAGUGGUCUCCAGUGGCCGCUGUAGGAUUCGAAUAUGAUCCUUGGAACAAAUUGAAGCAUACAGAUUACUGGUAUGAAGAAGAUGCCGAUAAAGAAUGGCCAAAGUCUGAUUAUUGUGCAUAUGAAGAACCUCCAAAUCCAGAUGAAAAGUUCGAUUACACUGCUAAGCCAAAUAAUUUCUACUUCGAUGUAGAAACCGUGGGAACAAUAAAUCCUAAUGAGGUGAUAUUGAGGGGUAUUAGGGAGUUACGAAACAAGGUGGCGGGGGUUAUUUAUUCCUUGGAUGAAAUUGUCGCCAGAAAUGCCAAUGAAGGUAAUGCCGAAAACAUUGGUGGUGCUGGGUUUGGUACCGUCUAUGGUGGGGCAACUCAGUACGGUGGUACAGCCUACGGUGGCACUGCCUAUGGUGGGGGAACUCAAUAUGGAGGGACUGCCUAUGGUACACAAUAUGGCGGCACUGCUUAUGGUAAUAACAGUGCUGGCAACGACGAUUACAAUCCGACAACAGGGUGGGAUUAG